AUUCUAUCAAAAUCCCCCCCCCCCACUCUCUCUCCCACGCCCAAACUAGAGAGAGAAAGAUAUUGAAAUUCUCGCCGGAAGCAGAGAGAUUGAAAUUCCCGCCGGAGAGGAAGAGGGAAUUUCUACAGAGCCCCAGAAAUUAACCCUUUUUUUAUUUUUAUUUUUAUUUUUCUCAGCGAAGGGAGAGAGAGAGAGAGAGAGAGAGAUGAAAGGGGGAGAAGAAGAACGGAGGAAUCGGGAGAACACGAAACCGUACAAAGGGAUAAGGAUGAGAAAGUGGGGGAAAUGGGUCGCCGAAAUUCGUGAGCCCAACAAACGCUCCCGAAUCUGGCUCGGUUCCUACUCCUCUCCCGUCGCCGCCGCUCGAGCCUACGACACCGCCGUCUUCCACCUCCGUGGCCCCUCUGCCCGUCUCAAUUUUCCCGACUUUUUCACCGCCGCCGCCGCCACCGACCGCCCCUUCCCCUUCCCUGCCGACAUCUCCGCCUCCACCGUCCGCAAGAUCGCCGCCGAGGUCGGCGCCCGUGUCGACGCCCUCGAGUCCUCUCUCCGUCACCACUUCCACAACUGUAGAACCGCCGACCAAACUCACCAAACUCCUUCCCUGUCGCCAACCACGACCACGACACCCACGAAGCUUCGUUCUGAUUCUGGCGGGUUUUCCGACCGGGUUGACCUGAAUAAAUUGCCCGACCCGGAAGAUUCCGACGGCGACUGCGCUAGCACUCCCUGGAUAACCUGACUGUUUGAAAUCGUAAAUACAGCCUUUAUUUUUGCAUUUUAAAUCAAGUUUAGGAAUUCACUUUAACUUUAAUUAUCGUUACUAUUAUGAAUUACCAUUUUAAAUUUUAUGCCAA